AUGACGGAAGAGGCCGAGCCUGCUGCUGCUCCUCCUGCGGGCAGCCCCUCAAAGCAGGCUGCGGAAAAGAAGAAGAAGAAGACCAGCAAGAGCUCGACGAAGAAGCAUUCCUCUACAUCUUCGAAACCAAAGACUUCAAAAUCGAAGUCCUCUAGCUCCAAAUCCAAAGAAGCAGCGUCCACAAACUCAAACUGUGCCCCCGUAGAGGAACAAGAGCAGCUGGAGCUGCCACCAGCCACACCCCUCACCAAUGAGACGUCUCCCCAACAGCUUGACGCCCACGAUCAGACGCAGAUGCCUGAUUCCGAGUCACUGACACAUCCUGCAGAUGCGGAGACAGAUGCACAGGAUGCUGCUGCUACUAUGGUUCAGGAGGAGGAGCACCAAGAGGAGGAGGACCUGACGGCCGCUGCUGCGGAAGCGCAAGAGGCGACAGUAGACCCAGAAGUAGAAGAAGAAACAAGAGAGGCAUCGGAAGAAGGAAUAGAGGCGGAGGAGGAGGCCGAGGAGGCCAAGACAGAGGACGCCCCACCAACAGCAGGUGCUGGUGCUGCUGUAGGGGAAGGAGCCUCCUCUGGAGCUGCGGAGACAGUUGAGAUGCAACGGAAAAGGGCCUUUCCGGAGAGAAGCCAGGGCGCAGGAGACAAUCGCCGCUCGCCUCUCAAGAGAUUUGCAGCAGCUGUAACUUUGGACCAGUUCCCCCGCACUUCCGUUAAUGGCAAUUGCGGUGGUCCCUGGCGGACCUCUGCUUACUGCAGCUGGCUGCAUGACACCGUAGGGUGUACAUGCAGGCGAGAGGCAGGGGGCCCUCUCCCAGAGAAGUGGGCAUCUUUCUCAGAUUUCUUGGCGGCUGUAGACUUGCGCGCCACUGCCGAGAAAAAGCAGAAGGGGGAACUGGUGGUUCCCGAACGAGACAAGGAGAAGUCACAAGAAAAGAGUGACGCAGAAGGUCAAGAAGAUGACCAGCAAAAGGAACAACAGGAACAACGGCAGCAAGAUGAGGCUGCUGCAGUUCCAUUCGUGACACCCAACCCAUUGAUGGUGGAGAAGCUACUGCUGCUACCGUGCAAGACGUUUUUGUCUGUCGCCUUCGCGCCUCAACUUUUUCGUUGCCGCCCGUUCUCCCCGGUGGGUCUACAGGAGCAGUUCGAUGGAGCACAGCGCCGCAGGGCGGGGAUGGGUGCUCGAGCCAGCCGCUUGGGACAGCAGCGGCAAUCAACUGCUGCAGCAGGCCAAACUGUUGCAGGAGAGAAACAGGAACAGCAGGACAACAAAGAAGCGAAGACGCCGCAACAAGAGGGGCAUCAGCCGCAGGCGGACGAAGGCCAACAGCAGCAGCAGUUUUUGGGUCGUCGGGCGAUAGGGAACGGAUCUGAGUGUUUGAUAGAUGAAGGCCGCAUGCGUUUGCUGUCGGUAGUGAAUUUGUGUCUGACAGAACGUCACUACGAGCCUCAGAUGCUACGGCGUGACGGCAUCAGUGUCUUCUGGCACAAGAGUCAGGGGGGCGGAGAAGUUCCCACCAAUGAGGGCUUGUUGCUCUACUUCAAGCUGCUCGCCCUCCUCACAAUGCACGGUGUACGCACAGCUGAGCAGUGGGCGGCGUCUGCUGACUGUGCCGCAUGCAGUGCUGUGGGUGGGAGUGCAUCAGAAGCCCCUAGGGGCGAGAAGGGGGGCCCUCAAGGGUCCUCCGCUGUGCGACCAGGGUGCAGCUGCCCUUGGCGCUUCGCUGUGGUGACGCACUGCACCCACGGAUUGAACAGGACAGGGUAUAUGUUAUGCGCCUUGAUGAUGGCUCUGUUGGGCUUGUCUGCUGCUGAAGCACAACAGGUCUUUGCUACUGCUCGAGGGCAGGCUAUUGCAAGAGAAGAAGUUGUUGCGGCGCUGCAGCAGCUGCACCAGCAGGGAUUCUCCGAUGAGCUGAAGGCGGCACUUGUUGCUCCCGAGCUCCAUGCGGUGUUUGCACAGAACGCAACGGCAGAUGGCGUCAAUCUCCAGAAAGGGAGCUGUAUCAUAAAUGUUGCUGCAGCGGAUGCAGCAGCAGCCGACGAUGCCCCAAGACACCUUCCCAUACCAGAAGGCUUCAAGAAGAAACUCGUAGAGUACAUUGACUCCGAGCGAGAACGGCUUAUCCGGGGCAAACAGCCACCCUCAAAGCAGAAGCAGGAGCAGCAAGAAGAGAAGAAGGAGGAGGUGGAGAAGGCUGAAGAGAAGGGGGAGGCUGGGGAAGAAGAGACAAAGAGGGAGGCGGAGGUCAAGGAGGAAGUAUCAACAGGGACAGCAGGAGAGGGUGCUCAGAAGAAGACGGAAGUGGUGCUUAGCGAGGAGGAGCUACAACAGCUGCCAUCGAUCCCGGAGACGAUCCCCAACAACGGGGUGGUGCUGCUUGGACCUCUUGCAAAUGCCUUGCUGGCACCUGAGGAGGCGCUGGUGUACUUACUGGGUCUACACCCCAACCUCCGUCUAUGCGACUUCCGCGUCAUCACUUCUGAAGACAUCAAUGAACACAUGCGCUACUCCACAGCCUCCAAGAAGGCGGGCCUUAAGAGAAGGCGCAGGGUCGGCGUGGCACCCCAGAACGCUCCUCAGAAGCAGCAGGAGGCGGCGCAGCAGCAACAGCAGGAACAGGAGCACGAGCAGCAGGACAACGAGCAGGAGGAACAGCAGCAGGAACAGGAGCAGCAGGAGCAAGAGCAACAAGAAGAGCAGCAGCAACAACAGCAGCAGCAGGUGCAGCAGCAGCAGGGCACCAAGCCGCUGAGUUAUCACUACAUCCUUUACCUGCAGGCAGCGGAUCCAUUCUCGUUUUCUACUCUCCUCAGUGCUGAUUUGGUCUCUCUCCGGCGCCAGCCCUUGCAUGCAUUUACUCUGGAUUUCUUACCUUAUCUGUUGAAGCGCGGACAGGAGCUGGACAAUUCGUUUGUCACAUGGGCCCUCCAACGCCCUCCACGACCCAAAAGGAUCAUGACACCCUUCCCUCUUCCUGGGAUGCCACCCUUCCCGAUUCCGGGAUUUGGGGGGCCUCUCCCCCCUCCCCACCUCAUGAGGGGUCCAGGAAAGGGUCCCCAAGACAACAUGCCUUUCGGCAGCUUCCCAAGGGGCAGUGGCAGGAAGCAAAUGGUGGGGGGCCCAGGGGGCCCGCCUCCGCCGCCCUUCGUUGGAGGCCCCCAGUGGAGUGGGAACCCCCCACCGCCACCUCCGCCUCCCCCGCAGCCUGAGGGGCCUUGGAAAGGGGGACCUGGUGCAGACAACACACCAAAGCGUUUCCCCAGGAGGGCCGAUGCAGACAACAGCCGGAUGGGAGGCCCUAAAGAAGCGUAUAAGCAACCUGUUGAUGACAGGAGGGGGGGGGCUCCGGGGGCGGGUCGUCAGGGCCCGCCUCGCGAUUUCUACGACGCCAUUAAACAGCACUCCCCGAACCCGCCAUCUGUGGGGGGUCCCUGGGGCCCCCCUCCCAGCUCCAACGGUACAGGGUGGGGAGCUCCCGGAGGGGGCCUCGGGCCGAGCGACAGAGCUGGAGCAGGAGGUAUCCCUCCCCCGUUUUCGAUGCCGAAGGAAAGUGGAGGGAGAGGAGCGUGGGGCGGAGGCAGCUGGGAAGGCAGGGGCCCGCAAGGGCCCCCUGGAGAAUGGGGUCAGGGCCCCCCCGGGGGUCCUCAGGGUAACUCCCGAGCCGAGGGUCCGGGCGGCUCGAAACGCCACCGACCAGCGUACGACAGUAACUACAGCUCAGGAGAUUGGAACGGGGCAGGGACUCACAAAGAACCCACUCGAGGUGGAGGGCCUCAGGAGUGGGGCUACCAAAGAGGAGGGCCUUCUGGGGGCCAGGGGCCCGCCACCUACGACAGCUUUGCGACACACCGCGGCGGAGAUAGCCUUGGCGGGGGAGGGGGCUUCCGGGGAGGGCCUUCCAACUCCUUUGGCAGAGACGGAGGGCCGCCGCCCCGCGACAAUCAGUAUGGGGGCCCCAGAGGCGCAGGGAUGGGCCCCACGCAGCACCAGCAGCACCAACAAGGGUUCACUGGGUAUUCGUCUAACCCCAUGCAGCAGCAACCGCAGCAACAGCAGCAGCAUGGAAUGCCUCCUUUUGGUGCUGCUCCUCAGUACCACCAGGGAACGAAUCAAGAUUACAGUGGAGGCCAGCAGCAGCCGUAUUCUCAGCAGGGCUACAUGUACCCUCAGCAGCAACAGCAGCAGCAGCAGCAGCAGCAGGAGCCUGUGCCUGCGUACGUGAUGCAGCUGCUGCAGCAGCAAGCAGCACAGAGAGGGGCCUCGGUUGAUCCGCAGGUGUUGGCCCAGCUGUACACGCAGUAUUACCAGUCUUUCUUAAGCUCAAUGUCCAAUCCUUCGGGGGGGCAGCAGAUGGGGCAUGACCAGAUGCUGCAGUACAUGCAGCAGCAGCAGCAGCAGCAGCAGCAGCCUGCCCAUUGA